AUGGUCAUAAACCUCUCUAAUAAAUCCAUAGGCCAUUGUUAUAAUGUUGCAGACGCGGUGGAAGAGUGUGACACCCUUAUCGCGGACUGCUUUAACUACGGUUAUGGUUGCGCAAGUACAGAAUGUGCUCACACAGACGAAGUGAAACCACCCAGAAGAUGCGAAUCGGCUAAUGUGUCACUAAAAAGGUCUAACAGCAGGGUAAAUAUCGCAAGGCUACUUCGUACCCAUGGGCUGCUUGCCCUGAUGGUUUUGACCAUGGUCACUGGUGUUGUUGAAGCCCAUAGUUCCCCUUCGACUGCUCAAGGCAACUUUGGUGAUUUCGUUGCGAUCUGUCUUUAUGUUGCUUGUUCUGCUGCCGGUGUUCUCGUUGGUUCUUCACUAAUCUUCAGUUAUAUCAAUGAGGGUAAUAGCGUCAUCGACAACGAUGUGGUGAGAACAGUGGGUUGUACUCUUUUUGUUUUAGCCAUUGUUGGUUUGUGUGCUAGUGCUAUCCUUGCCGCAGCUCGUCAACUGGGAUGUGGCAAGUUUGAGAGGUGUUGUCACCUUGCUCUUCAAACUUCCGUCGGUGUACUUGUUAAUGCAACUUUGAUAAGUUUGGGUCUUUGUUUCGUCCUUAUAUGUGAAAAUUUUACCAGUGAUGGUGGUAUCCCAAGCGCAGACAAGGUUGUGGUAAUGGCUAUAGAUGUUGUGCUUGGUGUUAAAUCGCUCAUUAUUUUAGUGGUCACUGGUGGUCUGCUCGGAGCUGUGAUCAAACCGAACCACUGCGAUGAUAAAAUGAUCAUAUUUUUCGCGUUUACGAUUUUAAUUCAAUCGUUGAUCGAGUUGGCUAUGGGCAAUAUUCUUGGUGGCGGCUGCGUUGCUUUCUUUCAUGGUAAAUGCGCUGAAUUAAUUGACUAUGGUACAUUUUCGCUGCUUGCCCAGGUUUUAGGAUGCAUGACAAUCGCUUCGGUAGCUUCCAGCAUGCUUAUUGAUUAUGUUCGGAUAGGAUCAAAUGUCUCACUCCUUGUUGCCGCAACUGUCGGCAUCAAAGCCGUACUGCUAGACCACUUGAACUUCUUGCGGGUUGUCAGCAUUUUGAUUUGUAUUCUGAUCAUUUCUAGUUUGGUGACCCUUGGUGUAUUAAUCGGAGCAACAAUCGUUAAAGGUGAUGGACAUGGUCAGCAUUCGGCUAGAGGAGGGUGCAGUUCGAGCCCCGGAGGUGGAGGCCAUGAACACGAACACCACGGUAAAGGUCACAGUCAUGGCAACGGGCAUGGUCAUCAUCACGGUGACGAGCAAGGACAAUCUCAAGGUAGGUCUAACCAAUCGGCGCCAUCAGGCAGUAAUGGCGCAGGUGGAGGCCACACGGAUCAUGAACACGUAGAUAAGGGGCCUCCAAUACACAUAGCAAUCAACAGUAGCGGUGCUGUCAUGUUCGCUGUGUCUGUGACUAGUUGGUUCGCGUACAAGUUCAUUUAUGAAAACUUUGUUCCUAUAGCCAGCUUUGAACUCAGCGACCUCCUCGACGAACUAAUAUCUUAG